CCCAAACCGCGCAACCCCAACUCGGGUCGAGUCGCAUUGAAAUACCAGUGCUACACGUGGACUGAGUUACUAAUUACCUAGUGCACAACGAAAACCUUACCUUCUGGUGUGGUUACAUUACAACAGUCAUCAACUGGCAUUGGAAUUGAGUUGAUCCACAGACUCCGACCGAGGCUUUGCCUUGCCGUGUCGACAUCCCGAACGACGCCGGAACCCCUCUACGCCCAAUUUCGACCCCGCCAUCGUCAUCCGCCCCGCCCCGAGCUUCCCACGGAAGCCGAAGUCGCUUGUUCUUGUUCUUGUUCUCUCCCCCUUCGCCUGGAGUAACAUAACGUAACGUCAUUGUCGGAAGUCAGUCUCUCGACGGAUCUUCCUCUCUGGUUUUCUCAUUCCUCCAGUCGAUAUUGAUCCAGAACGCUUCAGCAUCACCGUCAGCACGAGCACGGCCGAUCGACACUAUCGACACCAUGGCGACCCCCGGAAUGCUCUACGUUACUAUGCAGCCGAAGCCUGACCUGGCUCUCGAGCAGUUCCACGAGUGGUACAACAACGAGCACGGCCCGACCCGCCUGCGUCUGCCCCAGAUCUUCACCAACGGCCUGCGAUACCGCGCCACCGACGGCCAGGAGCCGUCCUUCCUCGCCACCUACGACGUGACCUCCAUGUCGCUCCUCGAAACACCCACCUACACCACCCUCCGAGCGAACCGCUCUGCCCGCGAGGCCGAGACCAUUGGCCAGGUCGACGUCACGAGAUACUUUUACGACCUGGUCAUCGAGCAAAAGGCCCCUCUGUUCCUGCCCAUCGAGCAGCUCUCCGACAAGGAAGCCGAGGGCAUCGUGCUGGUCGCCGUCGAGACCACCCUGAGGGACGAGUCCGCCGAGCUUGAGUUCAAGAAGUGGUACGCGGAGGAACACAUCCCCAUGUUGACCAAGGUCCCCGGCUGGCUGAGGACUCGCCUCCUCAAGGUCUCGUCCAUUGGCGACGGAGCCGGAAGCAAGACCACCUACCUCGCACUGCACGACUACGCUCGCACCAACGGCCUGGGCGGUCCGGAGCACAAGGCCUCCGUGGCCACUGCCUGGGGUGCCGAGGUCGCCAAAAGCGUCACGGCCAAGAACCGACGCACCUACUCGCUCUUUUACGUCUUCGGACCCGCCCCUCGCGACCUGUCCAACCUGGCGAAGCUCCCGGCCUCGGCCAGCACGUUUACCGCCCCGGAUGGCAAGACCACGACCGUUCCCGGGACGGACGGGGCCAUCAGCUCCUACAUCACGGCCGAGGACCAGCUGUCGAUCCCCUAUAGGCUGGAGGGCAGCGCCAAGGACGAUGCGCCGACGGUGGCCUUCUGCAACUCGCUCCUGACCUCGCUGCACAUGUGGGAUCCGGUCGUGAAGCUGGUGAAGGAGCAGCGUCCCGACCUUCGCAUCCUGCGCUACGACACGCGCGGCCGCCACUCCAUCCCCGGCCCGCCCGUGCCGGCGACGCUGGAUUUGCUGGCGUCUGACCUGCGCACUGUGCUGGACGCGCUGCGCAUCCCCAAGCUGCACGCGCUGGUUGGAGUAUCGAUGGGCGGUGCGACGACGACCAACUUUGCUCUCAAGUACCCGAACCGGCUGAAGAAGUUCGUCGCCUGCGAUUUCAACGUGACGUCGAGCGCAGCCAACACGCAGGCGUGGAAAGACCGCAUCGCCGUGGCGGAGGAGGACGGCGGAGCGGGGAUCGCCAAGCUGGCCGAGCAGACCGUGGGCCGCUGGUUCCAUCCCGCAACGAUGGAGAAGGCGAGCGUCGUCAAGUCCAUGACGGAAAUGGUCGCCAGCAACAACGUUGAAGGGUUCAGGUACAGCUGCCAAGCGCUGUGGGACUAUGACCUCAAGCCGGCGCUCCCGUCCUGUCAGGUCCCCGGGCUGCUGGUCGUCGGCGACGGUGACGGCAAAGGCGCACUCGUCAAAGCAAUGGAAGGGUUCAAGGACCUGGUAGGAGACGGCGGGGCGGAGCUGAAGAUUGUGCCCAACGCUGGCCAUCUUCCCAUGUGGGAAGACCCUGCCGCAUUUUGGGAGGCCAUCCAGGGAUUCCUGUAAUGUAGGCGACUGCUCCUGUUGGUGGCAGGUAGGUGCCCUGAAAGAGGAAGCGGUUGAUAAAAAGGCUCCCUGAUUCAAUACUUCAAUCAAACCGUAUUAUGUCUAUACACAUAUAUAUAGAUAGAUAUAUAGACAUGUAUAUAUCACAAAC